AUGGGUAACUUUGAAGGGAACUUCAAUCAUCAGCAGAGCCUUGACUCGCUGCUAGAGGAAUCUCAACUUCAUUUGGCACAGUAUGAUAAUAACGAAUUGCAGUUUCCGAACAUGUGGGGACAACUGCAAUCACAAGAACUGAAUCGACCACUUCAGCAUUCUAGCGAGCAGUCACAGGUCUACUCAAAAGAUACCCCAGCACAACAGCACGAAAAACUAUCAUAUAUGAAGAACAAGGCAAACCAUUUACCAGAAAGGAACGGCGAGAAACAUAAUCCAGUGAGUCAGGACACAUUUAAAAAGUCCUCUUCCUUCUUGGAUGAUCAAUUCUCAUCAACAGUUUUGAAUGAUUCAUUUGAUAUUACAAAUAACGUUGGAAACAAUUCUGAGAGUUUUUCUACAAGAGGCUCCAUCACCAAUUCUCAGAAUUUUGGUGAUGGAGAUCAUAGUCAUAAUUAUCGCGAGGUCUCAUUGGAUCAGCCAGACAUUAUCUUGAAGCAAGAAGAUCACAGAAAUACGGGACCUGACUUUUUGUUUCAGCAAGGGGAUGACGCUAUGUUUAGUUUUGCCGAUGAGCUAAGUUCUUCCGUGGGAUCUAGUAUUAACUCUGAAUGGCUAGGAUCAAGUUUAUCGUCAUCUUUUUCCUUUCAGCCGCAAUCUUUGAAUGGACCUUCCAGCUCCGCAAAUGCAAAUAUAUCAUCACACCUUUCGCCGAACCUAAAAUCGCCUGCAUCGUCAGUAAGGGCUAGUAGUUAUUUGUCUACGUCUUUGCGCAACGGCUAUACACCAGGUACCCCAAAAUCAAGACACGCCUCCUUAAGUAGUAACAUAAAUGGAGAGACUUUAUACUCAUCCAGUGUUCCAAGAAACCUAUCACAUUUAUCCGCCGAAGAAAAAUUACGACGUAAGAGGGAUUUUCACAAUGCAGUUGAAAGAAGAAGACGUGAACUUAUAAAGCAAAAGAUAAAAGAAUUGGGAAAAAUUGUGCCACCAUCGUUGCUGAAUUUUAAUGUUAAGGGUAAACAAGUCAAGCCCAAUAAGGGUAUAAUUUUGAAUAGAACUGUCGAAUAUCUGGAAUAUUUACUGUAUGUUCUCGAAGUGCAAGAUAGAAAAAAAACUCAGCUAAUGAGCAAGGUUGAAGAGCUGGAGAAGAAAAAACGCACGCAACAAAUAUCCACAUCAGAGGACAGAAAUAUGCAUGCACCUCCAUCUCCAAAAGACGUCGAAAUUCACAAACAUCUUACGAUGGAAAAUAAGUAUGAGGGUGUCGACACAGAUGUCUCUCAGGGAAGAAUUAUCGAUGGUAGGGCAAAGCCACAGCCUUUUUCUAAUACAGAUCGCUGGGAUAGCGAAACUAGCAUUUAUAAUUCCCUCACAAAUGGGAAUUUUGGUAGCAACAACGAUAGUAAUAACCAUAUUAAUGAAGACCUACCCACUAUGAAUGAUGAUUUGAAGCAAUUUCUCUCGGGAGAUCUGAUAGAAGCAGAGGAUAAUGCUAAGCUCCUUUUUAACAGUGGGCAAUCCUCAGCAGACUAUUUGCUGGAAUUUGAUACCUAG